AUGACUGAGAGACAGCCAAGGACUUUGCCUAGUAAUAUAAAGUCCAACCCUCGAGAGCACGUGAAGGCUAUCACUUUAGAAUCAGGUAAACAACUAUCUAGUUCUAUUCCUAUUUCUAAUGAUGAUGAUGUUGUGCAAGAAGAUUCAGGUAGCAAAGAUGGAGAUAGCAAGGUGAUGGAGCCAGAGAAGAUAGAGGGCAGGAAGAAAAGUCCUCCAUAUCCUGCUAGGUUGAAGCAGGAGAAAGUCGAUCAGCAAUUUGCUAUUUCACAAAUGCCUAGGUAUGCAAAGUUCUUAAAGGAAAUUCUUAGCAACAAAAGGAAGUCAAAGGACUUGGUGAUCGUGAACUUAAAUGGGGAGUGUUCGGUUAUACUUCAAAAUAAAUUGCCAGAGAAGAAGCGUGAUCCAGGGAGUUUUAAUGUCCCUUGUGUAUUUGGUAAUUUACCAAUUAGCAAUUCUUUAGCUGAUUUAGGAGCUAGCAUUAAUUUAAUGCCGUACAGUCUGUUUACCAAGUUAGGGCUGGUUGACUUUAUGAUCAUGGACAUGGAUAGUGAGAGUAACGUACUUUUAAUUCUAGGUCGACCUUUCCUUGCAACGUCUAGGGCUAUUAUAGAUGUUUGUGAUGGGAAGCUUGAACUUAGGGAAGGAGAUGAAACUGUCACUUUUGAUUUUAAUAAUUCUAUGAGACAGUCCUUAGAUCAUGAUGUUGUGUUUUCUGUUGAUUUACUUGAUGAUGUAGAGGAUGAGCAUGACCUAUCUAAUGAGAGUGUGUUGGAGCAGCUUGCAUUUUUGUUAGCUAAUGAACCAGGCAAGAAUCCUAAUAAGUUUAUUGAGAUUGAUAGGGAAGGUGUGCAGAAAUUGAGGCCAUCACUUGAGGAACCACCAGUCCUUGAGUUGAAAGAGCUCCCAAAACACCUCAAUUACGCAUAA